AUGCACGAAGUCCGAGUUGUAAGCGGGAAAGGGCUCGGCGUCUUUGCCACCAAGUUUAUUCCGCGAGGAACGCGCAUCUUUUCUGAACGUCCUCUACUCUCAAUUACGCAUCAAGAAGAUAGCAGCCAUAUCUACUCUGCCGCCAAGCGCCUCGCCACUAAAGACCGCGCGGAGCUCAUGCGCUUGAGCUUCCACACCAACAAGGAGCUGGAGGCGACGAGGCGGAGCGCAGCCCUACUCUUCACGGUCAAAUCGACCAUCGCGACCGCGCUGCAAGCUUUUUCGAGAGGGGCGAAAGCGACAACAGUACCACCGAAUGAAGGACUCGAUUCCAUAGCCGAUCACGUGGCCGUGCUGAAUAUCUUUCGGAGCAAUGCGUUUCGGCUGGGCCUGGGCCAGGGCCAGACGGCGGAGGGGAUAAGCCAUGCGGUGUUCGCGGGCAUCUCGAGGAUCAACCACUCGUGCGUGCCUAAUGCGCAGGCGAAUUGGCAUGGCAUACUGGAGCGGUUCAAUGUCCAUGCGACGAGGGACAUCGAGGUUGCUGAGGAGGUCAGCUUGGCCUACCUGCCCGAGAAUGGGGAUUUGAGGGAGACGAGGAUGAAGAGGUUGAGCGACGGGUAUGGAUUUGAGUGUGGGUGUCCGGCGUGUGAUCUGAGUAAGGCGAGAGGGAGAAAGGGAGAGGAGAGGAGGGUGGCCGUGAAGAAGUUGAUAGAGACAUAUGCGCUCAAUAUGAUGAGACCAGGGGCGGUAAAAGCCCAGGAUGGGGAGUUGAAGACGAUCAUGGCGUGGAUUGAGAUGUAUGAGAGUGAAGGUAUUGCUGGUAGGGAGUUGGCAAGCUUGUACGAUGCUGCCGUUUCCAUUCUUAUGGAUCAGUGUAAACAUAAGGAGGCGCUUGUCCUGGCUGGCUUGUCACUGCAACUUUCUGAGGACUGUGUUGGCAAAGAUCACCCUGAGGUCUUGAAAUCCCGGCAAACUAUUGCCCAGCUCCGAUAUUUCUUGUAA